AUGUAUCUUUUGAAGCUUUUUGAGGCAGUGAGUAAGAGUGUUGUGGCAUCGUUAUUAGCUCGAAACGGGGAUGCUUUUCAUCUUGCAGUUUUGAAGGCAUAUAUGGCGACCUUCGACUUUGGCUCUGUACCGAUGGACAUGGCGCUAAGGAAAUUGCUUAUGGAAGUCGAACUGCCCUCAGAAACUCAACAAAUCGACCGUGUUCUUCAGACAUUCGCAGACCGGUACCAUGACUGCAACCCAUUUAUUUACCAAGAUUCGGAUCAGGCCUACUACGUCGCUUUUUCGUUGAUCAUGUUGCACACCGAUUUUUUCAACAAGAAUAAUAAGCAUAAGAUGCAAAAGCCAGAUUAUGUCAAGAAUACAUCACGUGCCAUCGCAAACGAAGGAUUGUCUAGCGAGAUACUUGAGUGUUUUUACCACAAUAUCACCUAUACACCUUUCAUUCGCAUGGAAGACGAGUUCGAUAUCAACGGAGAGAAGAUAGUACCCCAUAGGCCGAAGAGAGGUAUUUUCAAUAGAGCUCACGCAGAUGGAAAACGGCUCAAGGAGCCGAUUGAUCCCUAUGCGAUUAUAAUUGACCAGCAGCUCGAUCUCUUGAGACCUAGUCUGAAAGAUGUGGUGCAAAUUGAAGAUCCAUAUAGUUAUUCCGGCACAGCAUCACGAUUGGAUAUGGCAUCUUUACAUCGGGCAUUCUUCCGAUCCGGGGUCUUACAGAUCAUGUCUGCGCGUUCUAGGCCUGAUGCAUUCUUACUGCCCGCCACUAUGGAGAAUCCAGAGGGUGCGGAUCCUGGAGUAGUGGAAAUCAAAGUAACAAAAGUCGGUAUCUUGUGGAGAAAGGAAAUGAAAAAGAAGAAGACCAGAAGCCCGUGGCACGAAUGGGGUGCUAUUCUCACUGGAUCACAACUCUACUUUUUCAGAAACUUGAGUUGGAUUAAAAAUCUUAUGCAGCAGUACGAAUCUCAUCACAAGCACAACCCUGGCACUCCGGUCACUUUCAAGCCCCCAUUGGAGCAGUUCAAACCCGAUGCGCAGAUAUCGACGGACGACGCGGUUGCUUUAUUGGAUAAGGGUUACAAAAAGCAUAAGAAUGCCUUCGCAUUUGUGCGACAUGGAGGUAUGCAGGAAUAUUUCAUCGCGGAUUCGGAGUUGGAAAUGAAUGAUUGGCUUGCCAAAUUAAAUUAUGCGGCUACUUUUCGCUCAGCUGGUGUUCGAAUGCGGGGUGUUGUUGGGGGGAAUUAUGAAGGACAGAGGGCAAGGGGUAUCCGAAUGAUGGAUAGCAUUACUGGACCUUCGGGCUCGCAUUCGGUUCAGACACCUUCCGGAGAGCUUGCCGCGGAAAUUGCGGCAGCUCGUAGGGAAGUGAUUGAACACAAGAUAUCUGACUCGGAAGAUAAGCUGGCGGAUUGCAAUCGUCAACUACAGAUCCACCUCCGGAAUGCAAAGCAUUUGACCAUACUGACACCGAUCCAGCCAAAGGCAAGGGAACAAGUUGUGAUGGCCGCAGGCGCGUUGGCAGCAAAGUUACAGUGGAUACGGAUGGAGAUGUGGAAGCUGAGAUGCCAUCGGGAUAUUUUGGCAAUGGACUCUGAUGAGGAACGUAAGUCUGCGAGAGAGCGGGCCGGAAGAAAUUUGGCCAUAGUUACCCCUCAGAUAAGUUGUCAGAAUUCACCUGCAUCAUCAAUACAUGGUGCAUCUCCUACAUCGCCAUUGUCAGGGGGGCCAACUCCUACACAGGCCACAUUUACCUCUGUUUCUGCUGUUGAGGAACUUUCUCAGGCUACUUCGCCCGUAUCAACCCAAAAGAAUGGAUCUACAUGGGAUUUUACUUCAGGGGUUAGCCACAGCGCUAGAGGGUCUAUGUCAUCAGCUGUUCCCCGAUCUCCGUCAUUAUCAUCCAUGUUACCUAAUGGGACAACGUCUUCCACUCAGGUUAAUGAUGACCAAAGCUUUGAAACUGGCCACAGUCACCGUUCACUUACACCGACUCUUUCCGAGUCUAGCUUUGGCGCGGAAAUUGGUAAAGAGAAGGAUGAGGAUAAGGAAAAAGAGAAGGAGAAGGAGAAAGAUAAUGAAGAGGGCAAAGGCAAGGGCAAAGACAAAAGUAAAGCAAAAGAUAAAGAUUCCGGCCGUCCAAAAAUACGAAGGAGUCUGCAAAGAACCUUGAGAGAGUCCCAAGCACUUAGCCAUAGGAGAGGAAAGUCAAGGGAUGUGUCUAAUGACGAUCCCUCGAAAAAUAGUGAAGGGCAUCCCGGCGAGACUGAAGGCUUGGCCCGUGGCUCUGGAAGUUUUACCGUUCAUGGAAAGAAAGCCAGUGUUAUUACUUUUGGCUCCGAAUGGCAAAACCUAUCUGCUGAAGAUAGGCUUAGACGAAACAAGUCAAAUCAACCCGGGACAGAAUCUGAUUCUAUGCUUGACUCGGAAUCGCUCCCGAGCACGUUAUAUCCUAGCCGACGAGGAUCGCAGCAGCCAUUUUCUCGCAGGGAGGAUGAUGUUGAUUUGCUGCACUUACCUUCUGCUAAUAGUAGACGAGGCUCUCAUACUGGCCCGAUUCUGGUCCCAGCGAGGAUAGAGGAUGAGCUUCCAGACGUCCCGGAGCACACUGAUGUCUUUUCACCUGGAGCAGAGGAGGAGCUGAUCGAGAAGUUAAACGGCGUGAAAGCUAAUGAAAGCAUUGCUACUAACCCUGAGGCGGGCGCAUCUACUGGUUGAUUUACUAUAUGCCGCCUGUGCCCUCUCUUUCAUUUCUUAUUUUUUUUCGUUGUGGGGGCUGUGGGGUUGGGUUUUUUUAUGGGGUUGAAGGGGGGCCCUGAUUUUACGUUUAACAUAUCCUUUGUCCGGUUUCCCUGAUCACUCUCAACGGCUUUCAUUUUGUUAUUUUUGCGCAAACUUGGGAUAUCCAAUACUUCUAGAGACGAAUUAGGGUUUGGGGGGGAAAGUAUCGUUUUCUCAUUUUCUUGCUCUGGAUGUUUGGUUUGGUGCGAGGGUUGGUUGAAUUUUUUUCCUCACAAAACAAGGUUUUGUGCAUCGCUACUAUUUUUUCUCUAUCUCUAGCCGUGGAGGGCGUUCGAGUCUUCUGUUUUUUUCAUUUUUGUUAGCGUCGUGCAUUGUACCGGUAUUUUAAAUGGGAUUUUGUUAUGUUUU